AUGGGAAUGAAACUUUUCAUCUGGUUAUUGCUCCUUCUGUCUUUAACCUCAGAUGGAACAAGUUUCGGUAGAAAAAGAUCCGCGAAGUGUCGAAGGUACAACGCGAAAAUUCUCGGCCAAAGUGAUGAAAAUUCGACGACCGAUUACUAUUACGAUUGCGAUCCAACGGAAUUUGGAAUAGUACAGAAAAUUCCAUACCUACGUUCUUAUUCAGCAUGCGACACCGUGGAAAUCGAUUUCUCAUCAGCCUGCGUACGAUGCGGAAUGUGCCUUGCCAUUGCUGCAGAGAUAAAUAAAACGUUGAUAGAUGUUCACGAAGUAUUGCCCCAUCCAUGCUUGAACGAGACCGAAGUCGAGCUUCUUUUGAGGACUAUUUGUGAUCAUUCUUUUCAAUACUAUGGUUUUCGAGAAAUAGACGGAAGGAGGUUAAUUUCUGACAGGUUACCAGGUUCAAUUUUAGUGACCACAUCUGCUGAUGGACUUUGGGGAAAAAAAUUGAGAGAUCUUUGUCAUUAUUAUCUGGACGAAAUCGGAGAGGUGCAAUUAUACGGACAAUGGAAACAAUGGUGCAACGACGAAGACGGCGAAAUAUUCCCCGAUUUAUCUAACGUGAUGUGUCGAAGUGAACACGGGAUAUUACGAGAUUGCAGAAGCAUGAUGGACAUAAAAGAAUACGAGUCGCCGUUUAAAACGUACAAUGCAAAAAUAAAAAUUACCGCAACGUACGACAAGUAUGGCAAACGUAAUUAGGAAGGAUACUUUUCUUUAUAUACAAUCAUGAAAAUG